CUCUCUUUCUAUCUCUCAGGUCAGAGCCAUCAACAAACAAACACCAACAACAACAAACAACGAAGCGUGUCUUGACUGCUUCAUCUCUCUUCUCCUUCCUCUUCUCCUUUCCCACGUAAUUCCCCUAAAAUCAACUCUCUCUAAGGUUUCAAUCAACCAUGAACCUUCUCCCUCUCUUCUAGACCUCUCCACCCUCUCUCUCUCUCUCUAAUUCCCUUUGAUCGGCCGACGGAGAAAGCCAAGUCCGAAACUCUAUAAUGUCUGUCUCCGAGCUCAAAGAACGCCACGCCGCCGCUACAGAGACCGUCAACAACCUCCGCGAUAGGCUUCGACAGAGACGCCUCCAGCUCCUCGACACCGAUGUGGCUAAGUACUCGGCGGCGCAAGGUCGCUCUCCGGUGAAAUUCGGAGCCACGGAUCUGGUUUGUUGCCGUACUCUUCAGGGACACACCGGGAAGGUUUAUUCGUUGGAUUGGACGCCGGAGAGGAACCGGAUUGUCAGUGCAUCUCAAGAUGGGAGGUUAAUAGUGUGGAAUGCUCUAACGAGUCAGAAGACUCACGCUAUUAAACUCCCUUGUGCAUGGGUUAUGACUUGUGCUUUCUCUCCCAAUGGCCAGACGGUUGCGUGUGGUGGGUUAGACAGUGUGUGUUCUAUCUUCAGUCUUAGCUCGACUGCGGAUAAGGAUGGGACUGUACCGGUUUCGAGGAUGCUUAGUGGCCACAGGGGGUAUGUUUCUUGCUGUCAGUAUGUCCCAAAUGAGGAUGCUCGUCUGAUCACAAGUUCAGGUGAUCAAACGUGUGUCUUAUGGGACGUAACUACUGGGCUCAAAACUUCUGUUUUUGGUGGCGAGUUUCAGUCUGGACAUACUGCUGAUGUACUAAGUGUCUCAAUCAGUGGAUCAAACCCAAACUGGUUCAUAUCUGGUUCAUGCGACACCACUGCACGCUUGUGGGACACUCGCGCUGCGAGCCGAGCGGUUCGAACGUUUCAUGGGCACGAGGGAGAUGUUAAUACUGUCAAGUUCUUUCCGGAUGGGAAUAGAUUUGGGACUGGAUCAGAAGAUGGAACAUGCAGGUUGUAUGACAUUAGGACCGGUCAUCAACUCCAGGUGUAUCAGCCACAUGGUGAUGGUGAGAACGUACCUGUGACCUCCAUUGCGUUCUCUGCCUCGGGGAGACUUCUUUUCGCUGGAUACGCGAACAACAACGCCUGCUACGUUUGGGAUACGCUUUUGGGAGAGAUUGUAUUGGAUUUGGGGGAACUGCAGGAUUCGCACAAGAAUCGGAUAAGCUGUUUGGGGGUGUCAGCAGACGGAAGUGCCUUGUGUACAGGAAGCUGGGAUUCAAAUCUAAAGAUAUGGGCGUUUGGAGGGCACAGGAGAGUGAUAUGAAGAAGAGAAAAGAAACAUAGGAGUCGUGUCUGAGCUGUAUCUCCAGUUCUUGUGGUUUUGGUUAAUAUAAUCUGUACUCUUUGUUUGUAAUCUGUGUGAAAAAAUGGGGAUGGGGAAGGUGUGUGUUACUUUUGAAUAGUGGAAUAGAGGAUCAAAACUUCCCUUGUUGACUAGUGUGCUUUUGAUUUAUUUAUUCUUCAUUUGCCU